AUGUCUUCAUCUUCCGAUAAACCUCAUCACGAUCAUGACAAGAAAUUCAGCGUAAAAGACGGACUUGCUAGUACGACUCCUCAUGCUCUACUUGGAGAUGGUACUUCAGCAACGAUUGCAGGUGCCCAUUCAACAAGCGGUGCAAAUCAGCAACCACAUGGAACCACAAACGCAGGGCGUGCACCACCGACAAAUACUAAUCCUGCAGGUCAUAGAAGUAGGUUUUCAGCUAAGCACGUUUUUUCAAACUAAUAUGCAUGGUUUUAUUAUCUUUAUUUUAGAUUAAGUCAGCUUAUCUGCAUUCAAGAUCUGACGACAAAACUAAACACAUUUUCAAUUAAUUUCACCUUAUAUGAAUAGAUUUUUUUUCGUUUUCAAAUAAAAUCCAGCGUGCUUUUGAUUACAUUUUUUUAUCAGAAUUUUAGUCGUUAUACGAAGGGUGUAGGGUGUGGGUGUGUAAAAAUAUAUUCCAUACCCGCACCCUUAAAAU